ACGAUUAGAUCCAAUUCGGCACAAAUUUUAUUAAAGUAAUAGUGUAUGAAAUAACAUAAUUAGAAACAGCACGUGUGUUUUCGUCGACAAUGAAGAAAGCGAGGAUGGAUGUGCUAAUUAUCUUCACAUUUUUUAUCUUCGCGAGUCAGAUGCUACAUAUUUUUGGAAAACUAACUGUAUUGCGUGGAUCGUUCAUAUCUACGUACCCCGUCGAAGUUAAAUUGAUAUGCCUCUCAGAGGAUGAUGGCGGCGCUCUUGUAUGGAAUUACAAUUUAAUCUGGGAAUAUUAUACUCCAGCAAAAAACAAUUAUAAGUUUGAAGAUUUAAAUAAAUUCAGCAAUAAUGAGAUAGAUUGCAAAAUGAACGCAAGCGAAGGUUGUUUGGAGACAUGGAUUAAAAACGACUGGAAUCUUACAAAUUCUUUUAAAACACCUAUGGGCCCGGUAUUCGAUCAACGAUGGGAAGAAUUUAAACAGUAUGAAAAUUAUCAAGAUAUCUACGAUCACGUAGAUUUUAAACUUACUACUGAAGUGAAGCUCUCGUUUUCGAUUCGUGUGGCCCGCGAUGCACAUGUAUUAAUUUGCAACGGCAUAAAUCAAUACGCAGAUCCUUGCUAUUGGAUCAUAAUAGGAGGUUGGGGCAACAGCAAAUCUGUCAUACGAAAAUGCAUUACGGGAGUACCAGUACCCGGAAAAUGGCCUGAGAAAAAUUCGGAAUGCAGGAAAGAAGUAGCUGCCUUACAACAUACACCAUUGUCUUCAACUGAAUGGCGAUCGUUUACUAUUACGUGGGAUCCUGCAAUAAAGCAAAUAAAUGUUUAUAAUACUAAAAAGGUUAUUUUGUCUUAUACAGACACGAAAAGUGUUCCAUACUUACGUUCAAGUAAUAAUUAUCACAUGUUUAUCAGAAGCGAUACAGCGAUGUUGUACAGAUUUCAUAUAUAUGACUUUCUGCAUACGACUGUCGAGACUGCAGUUUUAACAAGCCCCGUCUUCCGCAUUAAUAACAAAAUGAUAUGCGUACAAUUGUUAGUUGGCCUUUGCGCCGAAUGCGACGCACAUGUAGUGUUACGCACUCAUGAUUAUAAUAAAGAAUUAGUAAUAGUGACAGUAAAAGGCUUGAGAACGGCUCAUGGUUUACCUAUGUGGCAAUCUGUCAAAAUCACGAAAAAUAUUUCAGAAAUCGAUUAUAAUAGUGGAAUGAUAAUUCAAUUGAUUCCCAAACUCAACAGGAUUAGCUCGAAUCCGCUGUGGGCGAUAGCGAACGUUCGUCAAUGUCCCCAAAAUGCUUUGAGAAGAGGUAUUAUGAAUUCUAAACAAGAUUGGGGGAAGCAAUUUUUUUGGCCGUUUGAAACAUGUCAAAAGUUAUUUUACGAUGAACAUGCUGUCGUAAAUCCUUUAUCACGCGUCACAUCAGAUAUAAAUACAGAUCUGGAUGAUUCAAAUUGUUUUGAAGGAAAGAUCGGACCGCGAUGUUUGUUUUCUUGUAAAGACGAUCUGCUUAGUAACUUUGACUGUGGAGGAACCGAAAUUUGUUACCACAAUGGUUGCACGUGUGCUUCGAGUUUUACAGGAAGCUCAUGUGAUACACCUUGUGCAUCAAAUCAAUAUGGUCGUGGCUGCAAAAAGGAGUGUGGCUCAUGUCUCUAUAAAACUGAGAAACGGUGUAAUAAAAUAACUGGAGAAUGUAGUGAUGGUUGUGAUAAUAGAAAAGGAUUAUACCUACCACCUUUAUGUCAAAUAAGUGUAGACAAGCCUAAUGCACCUACGAUUAUCUCAACAACCGAGACGACUAUUUGGGCUGCUGUUUCUGUAACAUGGAAGGAGGAAUAUGAUGAAAUAUCAGUUCUAUAUUCUUUUGUUAUUCAAGGAGGAAGCCAUGUUCAGCAACCAUGGAACGAAUUAUUUCAAAAUAUGACACAAUUGCAAACACAUUUUGAGAAGCUGGAACCUGGCACUACUUAUCAUAUUGCUUUCACCUUAGAUAUUGCUGGUUUCAAAACUGAUAGCGACUGGCAAAUAGCUGAGACUGGGUGCAAUCCUGCUGAAAACUUUGUUUUAACGGCCGAAGAAAACGGCAUGAUAAUUGAUUGGCGAAUCAGUCCAAAUCAAUUAUAUUCAUGUCCAGCAAGUUGGUAUUAUCUAAUAAUCCGAAACAUAAAUACGAGCAAUACAAUCGUUUCUCAAUUGGCUGCGUUUUUUCCAUAUAAAGUACAAGAUUUACAGUCGUACACUUCUUACGAUGUAAUCAUAGGUCACAAAAAACGCGUUUUAUUUUCCCAGGAAAUUCGUACUCUCGAAGGCAUUCCAUCCAGAGUGUUAGAACUUCGUAGUAUGCUAUCGGCUAAUACAGUCAUUCUGAUGUGGAAACCUCCAUAUGAACCGAACGGAGAAAUAGUGGGAUAUGAAGUAACUUUGAUGAUUAUGAAGUUCUACGGUUGUGGAGAAUCAAAAUUAUCUUUUUCAAAUCAUCACAUUAUUCAGAAGUCUACAACAGAACCAACGAUCACUUUUCCAGAUUUACAUCCAUACGCAUUUUAUUGUGCGCAGGUCAUAGUUCAUAACACACGAUAUUUCAGCAGUAUCGUAGAGACAACCUUCAGUACAGAACAAUCUGAUAUACCAUCAGAAGUAUUUAGUCAGUUGAAAGUACAAGAUUGGAAAUUGUUAUGGAGUCCGCCCGAAGAUUGCACUACAAUUUCAGGAACAUUGACAGCCAGAAUAAUAAUUCAGGGUAUUAGCGACGCUGUUAAGUACUUCAACGUGACCAAACAGACUAGCCUCUCUUAUUUUGACUUGAAUAAAUUAAAUCCAAACUUGAACGGUGCUGAGCGAUAUGUAGCGACAAUUUACGUAAUAAGAAAUUUUACGAGUAAAGAGAAUGCCUCCGCUUAUCAAAAGUACGAGUUUGAAACUCCGCCGACAGCUCCGCCUAGAGUAACUAAUUUGGAGAUCGUCGAAAUUGAUACUCGUCAAACGUAUGGUAUGAUACACUUGAGAUGGCAAAGUCCACUGCCACCUCUCAAUGGGAAAUUACAUAUUUAUGGUGUUCAAUUAUGUGACACGUAUGACAAAGUUUGCUCACUUAUUGAAGUUCAAGUCACUGAGUCUUGUGACUUGUGGGAAGAUUAUAUAUGCAAAGUUGUUCGACAAUCGCAAUUAGUGAAGGUUGUAGCAUACAAUAUCAACGUUACUGAACCAAGCCCUCCAGCUAUUGUGACUGACGAUAUGCUUCGUACUAUAACAGGUAACAUUUUAGGGCCGGACGCACCUGGAAAUUAUACUUUUACAAUCAACAAUAACAGUGUGGUUGAUCUAAAGUGGCUUCAUCCCUGGAAGACAGGUCGUCCUCUCAAGUCUUUUCGUAUUGAAAUAGAAGAAACUUUCUCUAACCUGAGAAUUUUCCAAUCGGCCAUUAAUAAAAUUUACAUAUAUCCGGUGACACAAUACAUGCGCAACUACGCCAUACGAUUGUAUUUAUUCUCGUCAACGCGAUAUAUCAUCAGCAUUCGAGCUGUGACAUUUGAGAAUAAAUUCAGCAGCUCAAAGUUCGUGAAAUUCCGUACACCCUCAACCGCAGCUUUUGACGAUAAUCUGAAGGCCACGGUGGACAAAUCCGAUUCCACCAUUUUAUUAAAUAUACCGACUGUUUUAAAUGAUACUCGUAAUAGCGUGACGCACAUCAUUGUAAAGGGUCCUAAUCUCUGCGAGCAAUAUACGGAAGUGCCUGAGAAUUUACGAGCGCAAGCAGGCGUGAAGAUGGACGAAAUCGCUUGGCAAGCUGCUGAAGUUACGACCAAUGAGUACGCUGGCGAACGAUUCAGAAUCGGCGACGAUUUAAUUUACGGCAAUGCAAGGAAUUGUCCAUUAAAACCUGAAGAGCUUUAUGAAAUAGUGGUUAUCGUAACCGAACAGAAUUCGUCUACCGAGCCGAUCAUGCUUGCAAAAUCAGUCCGCGUCGGUGAAGUUCCACCGAAGCAUCACGAAGCAUGGAUCGUACCCAUUGUAUUUCUCGCUAUGGCAGGCGUAGCCUUUUACUUGUACCGAAGGAAAAAGCAAAAAUUUACGGAGCAGCAAAUGCAAGACGAGAUGAUUUUGUCACAGAACAUCGAGAACUACGAACAAGAAAACAAGUCCGUGAUUUCGCAUUCGAAGGAAGACCCGUCAACUCCUUCUGACAGACAAUCCCUAUCGCGGGCAACCACCCCGGAAGAGCUGCCGGUCGCCGUCGCGAACGACGACGAAGAGGAAGAAAUGACAUCGCUGGUGAAGGUGAAAGAUUUCGAAGAUUACGUUAGGCGAGCGAUACAGUCAGGAUUGCUCGAUAAGCAGUACGAGACCUUCCAUAGAGGGCAAACUCGACCGUGGGAUUACGGGAAAUUGCCGCAGAACAAGUCUAAAAAUCGAUACGGGAAUCUUAUUGCGUAUGACGAAACGCGUGUGGUACUAAAGAAAUUUCCGGAUGACGUUCACUCCGAUUACAUCAACGCUAAUUACAUCACCGGCUAUAAGAAGGAAAAGCGCUACAUAGCGACACAAGGACCCAAACCCAACACGGUCAUCGAUUUCUGGCGCAUGAUUUGGCAAGAACACGUUCUUAUUAUUUGCAUGUUGGCAAAUGUGGUCGAAAGUGGAAAAACAAAGUGCGAGCAAUAUUGGCCGGAUAUUGGCAAGAAGAAGAAAUACGGCGACAUUUUUGUGCUGAACGCGAAGCACAAUGUUUUCGCUGAUUAUUGCUUUAGAACUUUUAACGUCACUUGUGGAAAAGAGACUCGAAAGAUAGAACACCUGCAUUAUACGGCUUGGCCGGAUCAUGGCGUGCCAUUGUACACGCACUCCGUGGUCACAUAUUUGAAGAAACUGUUGGCGACACCACCUGGAAAAGGACCCGUGGUAGUCCACUGUAGUGCUGGUGUUGGAAGAACCGGGACCAUCAUUUUGUGCGACAUUUGCCUCCAUCGAGCAGCGGCAGAGGGGGUGGUCGAUGUUUUUACCGAAACGGCGUCUAUUAGAAACGAAAGAGCUAAUAUGGUGGAUAAUAAACAGCAAUAUCUGCUGGCGCAUUUGGCAUUAGUGGAAUGUUUGCUUUCUGUCCCAACCACAUUGCCGUGUAACGAGAUGUUAACGACACGGAUCAAAGAGUUAAAAAAACAAUUACCUAUUCAACAGCAAAGAUUACAAAACACUGCGUGGCAAGACGAAGCUUUGCGACAGGUUACGUCCCCACCGCCGUUGUCAGAGCGUAAUCGGGCCAAAAACAGAUUUCCGGAACUGCUUUCAGAGAAGGUCAGUAGAAUAUAUUUGAAGAGAUACCCGACAUCGGACGAGGACAGCGAUUAUCUAUCCGCCGUUUACGUAGACGGAGUAAAACUUCAGAAUCAGUAUUUGGCCACGCAGCUUCCCAUGCCGUCGACGAUUAAUGAUUUCUGGCGAAUGAUUGCCGAGUUAAAAGUUGAACUUAUUCUCAUGCUGCAACCACCUGAUUUGAAGGAUCCUACUUGCUGCUCUAUCGCUCCUGCAAACGGCGAGUUUAAACCAGUCCCAUAUUUGAACGUUACAGUGAAGGAAGUUGUGGAGCUGGAAUAUUAUACUUCACAAAAAUUGUUGCUCGUCGACAAUUCCGAGAAACCCUCGAGGGAACAAUUUGUUACCAUACUGUGUUUGACGGAGUGGAAAUCUGGAAGGGAUCAACCACCGCCACCAGUUAUGACGAUGGUGACCUUUUGGCAAGCUGCGGAGAGAAUCGCGAGAGGCGAUGGGCCCACCGUCACGCUUUGCCACGACGGAGUAACUGGAUGCGGUCUCUACUUGGCACUGAGUUUCCUGCUGGAACGAAUGGCCGUCGAAAGAGAAUGCGACGUUUGUUUGGCGGUGCGAGCCGUUAGACGAUCGAGAGCAGAUUUCGUUCGUUCUUUGGAGCAUCUGGAAUAUCUAUACGAAGCCGCAGUUACAUAUUUAGAGUACUUUGAAACCUAUGCGAACUUUUCGUGAAAUAAAGAUAAGUAAUCCUGAUAAAAUAACCAAGAAGCAGCAUUACAUUGUAAUAGAUAAGCGAACGCAGUGUCGCAAAUAACCACAUAUGUAUCAAGUACUGAUAGGAUGUGCAUGAAAUAUUGGAGCUUUCAUAUUAAUGUAGAAAGUGUUUUAGUUUCGCAAUCUGAAAUAUACGGAAUAUUAUAGAGGGAAA